GUGAUGUCAUUAACCUGGGCGACAGACAGCUGAACGUGCUCCACAUGCCCGGCCACUCGCGGGGCAGCAUCUGCCUCCACGACCGGGACAAUAAGAUGCUCUUCAGUGGAGAUGUAGUGUAUGACGGCGCCAUGAUUGACUGGCUGCCCUACAGCCACGUCAGUGACUACAUCAGCAGCUGUGAGCGUCUGGUGGGGCUGGUGGACAGCGAACAGGUGGACCAAGUCCUCCCAGGACACUACAACACCUUCGGUGCGAAGCGGCUGCACCGGAUAGCAUCGUCAUACAUCAGCAGAGCUGGCACGUGCCCUGCAAAGUUCUCCACGUUCGCCUGGGGAACUCUGGCUGGGGUGGCGCUGCGGGCGUUUAACCCCCGCUGUGCCUGCUGAGGAGAGAGGACCAUGGAGUGUGAGGAAGCACAAGUGCACAAAGAAAGAUAUUUAAAUAUGGAGGGCACUCUCAUUUAUCUGUAUCUCGAUGUAUCAUUGUUCAUUUACUUAUGUAAUCCAACGUAUAUCAUUGAAUUGCCAAACUUUGUGUUAAAUGCCCUGUUUGGGUUACAUAAGUCAAUAAUCAGCAUCAUAGCAUACAAUAUAAAGUAUAUUAUGUGAUUCUGUUCUAUACUAAUCGAUAUGUAUUUGUUAAUAUGGUUUUUUAUACUUUGAGCAUUUCAAUUAUUAAUAGCACAACAAUGGUAAAACUCUGCACUGCAAACAGAGUCAGUAUGGCCAUAGUAUCUCUCUAUGCAUUUCAAAUGCUCAGUGAAGACUCGCUGUCGACUACCUCGAAUGUUUGUAACAGUGCUUUGUACUAUUGACAGAUAUAAGGCUUUGGUAUAUAAACAAUGAGAAUAAAGCCUCUGUUCGA